AUGGCUGCCAAGAAAAACGUUCUGUCCUCGCUGGCGGUUUACGCGGAAGAUUCGGAGCCCGAAUCAGACAGCGAGGCUGGAGUGGAAGCGGCUGGGAGUGUGACAGCAGCAGAGGAAAAGGGUGGCUUAGUGUCUGAGGCCUAUGGAGACGAUGAUUUUCCUCGACUUGAGGGAGAUCACAGUGGUUUUGAAGAAGGGGACGAAGAAAACAUCAGAGAAUCAGCAGAUGCCGAUUCAGAGACUGAGAAACCUGAGGCCGAUGACCUAAAGGAGUUUUCAGAACUGGAAAAGAGGGAUCCCCAAGAGCUGGUUGCCUCCUUCUCUGAGAGAGUCAGGAAUAUGUCUCCUGAUGAGAUUAAAAUUCCCCCAGAGCCACCUGGCAAAUGCUCAAAUCACCUCCAGGACAAGAUACACAAACUCUAUGAGCGCAAGAUAAAAGAAGGGAUGGAUAUGAAUUACAUUAUCCAGAGGAAGAAGGAGUUUCGGAAUCCCAGCAUCUACGAGAAACUUAUCCAGUACUGUUCCAUUGAUGAACUUGGCACCAAUUAUCCCAAGGAUAUGUUUGACCCCCAUGGAUGGUCUGAGGACUCCUACUACGAGGCACUAGCUAAAGCACAGAAGAUUGAAAUGGACAAAUUGGAAAAGGCCAAAAAGGAGAGAACAAAAAUUGAGUUUGUGACAGGUACCAAGAAGGGCACCACUACCAAUGCUCCAGCCACCACGACCACUAUAGCCAGCACAACAGCCAGCACUGGGGCUACAGAUGCUCAGAAGAGAAAGAGUAAGUGGGAUUCGGCCAUCCCAGUGACAACAGUAGCCCAGCCUACCAUCCUUACCACAACAGCUCCCCUGCCAGCUGUUGUCACAGUGACAACUAGUGCUACUGGCUCCAAGACCACAGUCAUCUCAGCAGUAGGCACCAUUGUGAAGAAAGCCAAGCAGUGA